AUGGCAGAACUCACGAAUAAUUUGAGCAGUGACUGUCUACUUGAUGCUAUCACCACUAGCUUUAACACAAAAGAUUAUGUGACUCUCAAUAAGCAGUUGAAUAGAGCUAAUCUUCAACUCUGCAACGCCACCACCCUUCCAGGGAACAAGACAGAAUUUUUGAAAUCUCUGAAGGAAAUCUUCAGCCAAGCUCCUGAAGAGCUGGAUCAUAGCACUACUGCUGAAGUUUUUGAGCGGGUGAUAGGUCUGACUUCAUUCGACCAAGUGCUGGAAGCAUUCACAGUGGAGGAGAUGGGCCAUGCUCUAUCAAGUCAUGUGAUCAACUUGGUGAGAUUAGCAUGUAAGGUUUUGAGCCGCUCACAGCCGAAAGGGCUCUUCGCUGGCACAGGACUUAUCGACCUGAUGUUAGAACAAUUAUUUGAUGCAUCGACAGAGCUAGAUAUUGUCAGCGAAAUCGAAAAAUGUUUAGAACAACUAACCUCAGAUGCAUUAAUAAGAAGACGCAUUUUGAAAGACAACCUACAACUACUGUUGCGCGUGCGUUCCCAGUUCGAUCCUAUCUGUACGACCAGGCUCUUGGCUCUUAUGAAUGGCAUUCUUCCCCACACAGAUCGCAGCGAAUUUCAGGAUAAGUUAUUUAUCUUUGGUGAGACAGAAAUCCACAAGGCAUUGGACAAGGAUAUUUUCUUGUUUAUUAAUGUAACUGAUUAUUAUGUUUCAAUUCUGAAAAUCAUGGGAGCUACAAGUGAGCAGCGACAGUUUAGUAUUUGGGUUUUAGACCGUGUGCUGAGUGUUGUCAUACCAAUUUACGGCAAACUCUACAAACAAAUGCACGAGGAUUACAUGAUUGAAACCUUUGGGCGGAAAUAUCUGUUCAGCUUAUUCAAGGAAAUUUCAAUGCUCAGUGACUCUCAUUACUUUGAAGAGCUGGACUCUAGGUACUUGAAUUUGACACCUUCGAAUCUAGAUUUCUCUGAAUUCAUGAAAUUCAUCAAGCCAUCAUAUCUUAUGGAAGUUCAGCAUGAUUAUAUUUUGGGAAACUUGACAGUGACGCCGUCAAAUUUAAUGGCUUGGAGAAACCUAAUAUCUGAAAAACAAUCCUUUGAUCAAGUCAAAGAUAAUUUAACGUCUGACGCAAUUUUGUCACUUCCCUAUUCUGAACAGAUGGUCUUGCUUCAGAAGCUAACAUGUUACGAAUACUCAGCACGCUACUUACUCAACGAUCUAUCAAAGGUAAUGUCAAACACGCUCGAUGAUAAGUCAGGCUCUAUCACGGAACCAGAAACAUCUGAGCUAAGGCGAGAAGUUUUGGAAAACUUGCUCACGUUCGACAGUGGAAUGCUAAAUGUUUGGUUUCAACCAACCCAAGAAGCAUAUCGCCUUUUGGUGAAUGGCGGAAAAGUCCAGGACUCAAUGGCUCAUGUUGCGGAUACAUAUCUGUAA